AUAAAAAAGCCACCAGUGGGUGGUAUGGGAUCUAGUGAAACAUGGACGGCCACGAGGGAAGGUUGGACAGGAGUCGUAGGAGGGAGUGGAAUGGAAGAUGAGUGGGUGGACUGCGGCGGUGCAGAGCGAAGGAACCGGUAGUACAGGUGGACAGACAGAGUGUCAGAGGAUUGAAUGGAUGGACAGAUUGAGAUGCGAUGGAGAUAGAAGAAGAAGAAGAGAGAGAGAGAGUAGGAGGAGAGAAGAGAAUAAGAGGAAGAUAGAGAGAAGAGAGUGCAAGUCAGAUCAGGAGGAAGGAAGAAGCCAAGAGAGAGCUAGAGCGAGAGAGAUGGGGAGUAUUAAUGAUGGGGUUCAAGUGGAGGAGACAUCCAUAUGAUAGCCAGAGGAGCGACAGAAAGAUGAAGCGAGAGAAAGUGAAGUGAAGAAAAAGAGAAGUGAAAGAUGAGAA